UUAAUGAAAAUCAGAGGCGUUGCUGCUGCAGCCACCAUCACAUCCACAGUCAUGCCGACGCACGAGUUCUCUGUGGACAUGACCUGUGAAGGCUGCUCUAAUGAGGUCAGUCAGGUGCUUAACAAGGUGGGAGAAGUUGAGUUUGACAUUGACCUGUUCAACAAGAAGGUUUGCAUCAACUCUGAGCACAGCAUGGACCUUCUGCUGGAGACUGUGGGAAAAACAGGAAAAGCUGUUCCCUUCUUUGACCCCAAGUAGUGAGGGCCUGGACCCCUGGGCCCAAGAUGGACCAAAAGGGACAAGCCUCUGAUCCUCUCCUGACUUCCAGACAGACCUGGGGCCUGGCAGUCCUACUCAGCAAUGGGGGUUCCUACAGAGACCCUCACUUGCCCAGCCUCUCCCUCGCUUCCCUGCAAUAAAAUCAAGCCACCCUGGUUGGAAAAAAAGAAAAAAAUAAAAAUCAUUGCUGAC